CUACCUAAGUUCAAUAUAUAUAUGAUAGCUUCCCCGCAAACAUAGAAAACUUGUGCCUUAUUUCACCACCUCUACCAAGAAAAUUCUUGAAAUUCUGCAAGAACUCCUUUUUAACUUAAGAAGGUUCCUCAAUCUUGGUGAUAAAUUUGUGUCUUCAAGCUUUCUUUUUUUUUCCCUAAGGGAGCAUUAAAUCUAAACUUCCAGCAAUAAAAUAUCCCACUCCUCCUAUUCAAUAAAACCUAUUUAUUUUUGCUUUUAAUUUUAGUAUGUUUUCAUUGGAUUGAGCAGAAGACUUUUAAUUUCUCUACCUAUGUUUAUUUUUAUAGCUUGUAGUUUUAGGUAAUAGAGAAACAGUAGCAUUAGGCUCUAACUUUGCACAAUGAGUUAUAAAUACUUAGACCUAGAGACCAAAAAUGUACAAGGUUAGAAUAAUCGACUAUGUGAGUCUUCACGAUAUAGAAAUGCAACGAGAUUCAUAAGAAACGUUUUUUUAACGAAGCCAAAGUUUAAAAAAACAAUAGCUUAAUGGUUAAUUCUAAGAACCUCAAUGACACUAAAUAAAUUUUACAUUAACUCUUUUGUUCAUUUCUUGAUCAGUGGGAAUUUCUUCCCCAAAAAAAAAAAGAUAUAAAACAAAUUUAUCCCAAGAAAUCUGCAUGCAUAUAUUAUGAGAUUUUGAUGAUCCAAUAGUAUACAUACUAUUAACCAUUUUUUGUUGUAUCGUUGCUAGCUUGACAAUGGAUAGUAGACCUUCUCUUGGCUCUUUGUUUAUCCUUCUUGGUCUUAUUUCACUUUUGGUGAAAUGUUACUCAUCUUCUGAAGAUAAUAUGAAGACUUACAUUGUCUACACCGGGAAGAUCAUAAAUGAUGAAGCGUCUUCGCUGAUCAUUUACCAAAAUAUGUUAAAUCAAGUUGCUGAGAGUAAUUCAACAUCAAAAUCUGUACUCUACCAUUACAAACGUAGCUUCAGUGGCUUUGCUGCAAAGCUAACGGUGGAAGAAGCUCGCCGAAUGGCUGGACUUGAUGGGGUGGUGUCUGUAUUUCCAAAUGAAAAGAGACAGCUCCUUACCACCCGAUCUUGGGAUUUUAUAGGAUUUCCAGAAUAUGUCGAGAGAGAAUACAAUGAAUAUGAUGUCAUAAUUGGAGUGAUAGAUUCUGGAAUUUGGCCGGAAUCAGAAAGUUUCGACGAUAAAGGAUAUGGUCCACCACCAAGCAAAUGGAAAGGCAUUUGCCAAUCUUCUGAUUUUACAUGCAACAACAAAAUAAUUGGGGCCAGAUAUUAUAGAAAUGAUUAUGGAGAAGACUUCUUGAAAAAUAAUAUCUUAUCCCCAAGAGACACAACUGGGCAUGGGACCCAUACAGCAUCAACAGCGGCGGGAAACCCUGUUAGCAGGACAAGUAUGUUAGGCCUUGGCCAUGGAACAACAAGAGGAGGGGCUUCCUCAGCAAGAAUUGCGGUUUAUAAAGUAUGUUGGUCUGAUGAAUGUCAGGAUGUGGACAUUCUUGCAGCAUUUGACGAUGCUGUUAUUGAUGGAGUUGACAUAUUAUCCGUCUCUAUUGGAGGAAAGUCAGAUGAUAGUAUCCAUUUUAUGGAUGCAUUCUCAGUUGGAUCAUUCCAUGCAAUGAAAAAGGGAAUACUAACAGUCCUUGCGGCAGGGAACUUCGGUCCAAAAAGUUCGUCCCUAACAAAUUUUUCACCUUGGGCAAUUAGUGUUGCUGCAAGCACCAUGGAUAGAAAAUUUGUUACAAAGGUCAAAUUAGGAGAUAACAAAAUUUACGAGGGUACUUCUUUGAAUACAUUUGACCUUCAGGGAGAACUGUGGCCGAUUAUCUAUGCUGGUGAUGCGCCAAAUAAGGAAGCAGGCUUCGAUAAAGAUUCAUCCAGGAACUGCUCAGCCAACUCGUUGGAUAUCAAGUUGGUGAAGGGUAAAAUUCUUCUAUGUGAAGACAGAAUAGGACCUUCUGAAGCCUAUAGAGUUGGUGCUGUGGGUGUCUUGGUACAAGGUCAAAAAUCUCUUGAUACCGCAAAUUCUUUUCCCUUGCCUGGAUGUUACCUUCAUUCCAAGGAUGCCGCCAAAGUACAUAAAUAUAUCAAGUCUAGAAGGAAUCCGGUAGCAACUAUAUUUAAAACAUAUGAGUCAAAUGAUACUUUGGCACCUAUGGCUGCCUCUUUCUCGUCAAGGGGUCCUAAUAAUGCUACGCCUGAAAUUCUAAAGCCUGAUUUAACUGCUCCUGGAGUAGACAUUUUAGCCAGUUGGUCUCCAAUGUCUCCAAUUUCUCAAUUUCAUGGUGAGAAAAGAAAAUUGGAGUUCAAUAUUGUGUCUGGAACAUCAAUGUCGUGUCCCCACGUUUCUGGUGCAGCAGCAUAUAUAAAAUCCUUUUAUCCUACAUGGUCACCUGCUGCUAUACGCUCAGCUCUAAUGACGACAGCCAAACAAAUGAGCCCAGAAAAGAACCAUGACGCAGAAUUUGCGUAUGGAGCUGGACAAGUUGACCCUAUGAAGGCUUUGAAUCCGGGUUUAGUAUAUGAUGCAGAUGAAGAAGAAUAUAUUAGGUUUUUAUGUGGUCAAGGUUUAGAUAUGUCUAUGUUACUCCAAAUCACAGAGAGUAUAAUCAAUUGCUCAGAGAGAGGAUAUAUGAUACCUAGAGACCUAAAUUAUCCUUCAUUUGCUUUCAAAGUCCAACGGCCCAAACAUCACUUGAACGCAAGCUCUAAAAGGACUGUUACAAAUGUAGGGCUUGCUAUGUCUACCUAUAGAGCAUUUGUAACCGCUCCUAAAGGAUUCAACAUUUCAGUGACCCCCGACUUGUUAUCAUUUACAUCCUUGGGAGAGAAACAAACAUUUAUUCUCACUAUAAAUGGAAAAAUGAAGAAAUCAAUUGGUUCAGCUUCUUUGAUUUGGGACAAUGGUAAAUUUCAAGUGAGGAGUCCCAUUGUUGUAUUUGAUGAGCGAGCGGUGAACGGUGCCAGUUUAUAUCGUAUAAAUUACUUAUAUAUUGUAAUUUUUAAUUUACUAUUUUAUAUUACUAUUAUUGGAUAAGUUGUAUACUUUGAUCAAGAUGAAAAUUAAUUGCAUACUUGUAUUUUUUUA